AUGAUGAAAUACUUUCUUAUAUUCGUAUCAAAUUGUCUUUUUACUAAGGUUAUUGCUUUUCCGCAUAUCGAAUCUUAUAAUAAGAGUAGAUUGCAGAAGGAAUACGGCGGAAAUUUGCAUCGCGCCAUCUACGACAUAACCCACGGAUUUCCCACAACGCAUUUAUCAAUUGUUUUCGAUAACGCGACAGAUGAUUUAUUCGUUGGUCAUCUGAGCCAACAUCUACUUGAGAAUGAUAUAAGCAUUUCGUUGCAUAAUAUAACCACAAUCGAAGGUUUAGAUGAAUAUUUCAAUUAUCUUGCGAAUAUUGUGAGCGGUAACUAUGAUUUGCACACUCUGUACUUUUGCAAUCACAAGAUGGCAGAGCACAUCCUGCUUGAGCUUUACGACAGCCAUCUGGUGAGGAACAAUCUCGUUUUUAUGUUCUAUUGGGGGGACAAAAAGAUGUACAGGUAUUUUCAGCGGGCGAUGCAUCGAAACAUGAAGAUCGUGGUGAUUACCAAUCCACGAGAUGGCGCUUAUAGGUUAUACUACAAUCAGGCAACGUCGCAUAAGAUACAUCACUUAGACAUGUACAACUGGUGGAUCGAGGGUAAAGGUUUGUUCCAUCAUCCGACCCUUCCGAAAACCGUCAACGUUUUCAAGAACUUCAACGGUCGAUUAAUCUACGUCCCAGUCAUUCACAAGCCACCUUGGCACUUUGUGCUUUACACGAACAACAGUUUUCACGUGCAAGGCGGAAGAGACGAUAAAUUGUUGAAGCUUCUGGCAGAAAGAUUGAACUUUCGUUUCGAAUAUUUCGAUCCGCCGGAACGUAUACAAGGCACGUCUUUCAAUGCGAACGGGACUUUCGAUGGGAUUCUUGGGUUGCUAUGGGAACGGGAAGCGGAAUUCUUUAUUGGAGAUUUCGCUUUGACGCACGAACGAUUCAAGGUCGUGGAUUUUACCUUUUUGACGUUAGCUGACAGCGGAGCAUUCGUCACGCAUGCGCCGAGCAGAUUGAACGAGGCGUUGGCACUGAUCAGACCAUUCCAAUGGGAGGUUUGGCCAGCCAUCAUUGUGACAGUUCUAAUAGCCGGUCCCGCUUUGUACGUGAUCAAAGUGGUUCCCAACCUGUGGUAUCCCACGUUUAUUGUCAGAGAUCACGUGCGGUUUCUGUUCGAUUGCUCUUGGUACACCACCGGGAUUUUCUUAAAGCAAACCGGAAAGGAACCUGGGGACAGCCACAAGUGUCGUUUCUUCAUUAUACUGUUGGCAAUAUCGUCCACCUACGUUAUAGGUGACAUGUAUGCAGCCAACCUCACUUCUUUGCUCGCAAGACCUGGAAGAGAAAGAGCCAUAAACGAUUUGCGCCAACUGGAGGAGGCUAUGCUAAUGAAGAGUUACAAAUUGAUGGUGGAAAAGCAUAGUUCCAGUUACAGUUUACUUGAGAAUGGAACCGGGAUUUAUGAAAGACUUUGGAAAUUAAUGAACGAACCUCUUAAGGGUGAUUUCUUUGUGGAUUCAGUGGAAAAAGGUGUUAUGCUCGUUAAAGAAUUAUCCAACGUGGCUGUGAUGGCCGGUAGAGAAACACUGUUCUUCGACAUCCAAAGAUUCGGUCCUCAAAAUUUUCAUUUAAGCGAAAAAUUGAAUACAGCUUACUCGGCGAUCGCCCUCCAGCAAGGAUGUCCGUACAAAGAGAAUUUCAAUAAAAUCUUGAUGGGAAUCUUCGAGGCGGGGAUUCUGACGAAGAUGACCGAAGACGAGUACGAGACGUUCGGAAAGGAGCAAAGUAAAUCGUACGACCGGAAACCGGAAGUCGACGGUGGCGCCAACGUACAAAUCGAUAUACAAGAAUCAUUGUUACCAACUAAUCUAAAGGAAAACCGGAAGGCUGCGAAGGCCAACGAGGAUAACGAAAAACUGCAACCGAUCAAUAUACGCAUGUUGCAAGGUGCUUUCUAUCUGCUUUGCAUUGGACACACCGUUUCCGCUUUCGUUUUGGGUCUCGAGGUUCUGUACAACGGACAAGAGAAGAAACGCAAGAAGAGGAAUUGCAAGAACAUUGUGUUCUUCGUGAAACUGCGAAGGAGGGUUCGGUUUUGGCGUUCGAGGGCCGCAGUAACAAUGCGCACGAGAUUCAGGGAGGCCAUGAACGAUGCUAUCAUCGCCACCCUCGAAUAUACAGAGUAG